UAAAAACACAAACGGUUCUUGAACAGACCAAAUGGUGUGACAUGUGAUAAGUUUAUAUACACCACACUUGUUCUCCAUUUUCACUUGAACAAACCAAAUCUCAGAGAAAUGGCGGAAAAAACAGAGCUAAUCUUCAUCCCAGUUCCAUCCACAGGCCACCUCCUCGUCAACAUCGAGUUCGCCAAGCGUCUAAUCAAUUUCGACCGUCGGAUCAACACCAUCACCAUCCUCCAAUUACACUCCCCAACCAGCCCAAACGCAGCCGUUUUCGCCAAAUCUCUCGUCGCUUCACAUCCCCAGAUCCGCCUCCACGACCUCCCCGUUCUCGACGAUCCUCCGCCGUUGGAUCUCUUCUACAGAGCUCCCGAAGCGUACAUAGUCCAAAUCAUCAAAAGAACCACUCCUCUCAUCAAAGAAGCAGUCUCCACCAUCCUCGAGUCUCGCACUAACUCUCGUGUAGCCGCUUUGGUUCUUGAUUUCUUCUGUAACUCGUUGAUCAAAGACGUCGGCGACGAGCUUCACCUCCCUUCGUACAUAUUCUUAACCUGUAACGCUAGAUACUUGAGUAUGAUGAAGUAUCUCCCCGAUCGGCAUCGGAGAGUCGCGUCGAAGCUCGAUUGGAGCUCCGGCGAUGAGGAGUUGGAGAUUCCGGGAUUUAUCAACCCUAUUCCGGCGAAGUUUCUGCCGUCCGGUUUGUUUAAGGAAGAAGCUUACGAGGCGUACGUUGAUCUAUCGCCGAGAUUUGGAGAUGCGAAGGGUAUUUUGGUAAAUUCGGUGGCGGAGAUUGAGGAUUACACGUUUGGGUACUUCUCUCAGCAGCGGGAGGAGAAUUAUCCUCCGGUUUACCCGGUCGGACCGAUUCUCAGCUUGGAGGAUAGAGCGAGUCCUAACGAGGAAGAUAGGGAUAGGAUCGUGAGGUGGCUCGAGGAGCAGCCGGAGUGUUCUGUGGUGUUUCUUUGCUUUGGGAGUAGAGGAAGCGUUGAUGAGGUUCAGGUGAAGGAGAUAGCUCAGGCGCUUGAGGUUGUCGGGUGUAGGUUUCUAUGGUCGAUUCGGACAGGGCCUGUUGAGACGAGUGAUCCGACGGAUGUGUUGCCGGAGGGGUUCAUGGGGCGAGUGGCGGGUAAGGGGUUGGUUUGUGGUUGGGCUCCGCAAGUGGAAGUUUUGGAACAUAAGGCGAUAGGAGGGUUUGUGUCUCACUGUGGUUGGAACUCUACGCUUGAGAGCUUGUGGUUUGGUGUUCCUGUCGCCACGUGGCCGAUGUACGCUGAGCAGCAGCUGAAUGCGUUCACGUUGGUGAAGGAGUUGGGGUUGGCUGUGGAUCUGCGGAUGGAUUACGUGUUUGGUCGUGGGGGGUUAGUGACUUGUGACGAGAUUGUGAGAGCUAUCAGGUCUUUGAUGGAUGAUGGGGAAGGGAGGAGGGUGAAGGUGAAGGAAAUGUCUGAUGCGGCGAGGAAGGCUAUGAUGGAUGGAGGAUCGUCUUCUGUGGCGACAGCUCGGUUCAUUGAUGAAUUGGUGGAGGAUGGUGCAGGCUAAUGGAAGUGCAAUUCAACAUUUUUGGUUAUCUAAUCUUGUUUUGUUUCGCCAAUUAAGAAACUUGUAAAACGAUCGUUAUGGCUUAAACGGUAUGGCAGUGUCUAAUUAAUAUUUGAUGCAAAUCGGUUGAAGUUAAUAGCAUAGAAUUGUGGAUGUAACUUACUUGUUGGUAAUGAGGAAGUGACUGAAAAGGGUCAAUAGAGGAGACUUAAACGUCUUAGAUAAUUCAUCAGCCAUAUGAUCCAUCCUCACCUGUAACAUUUAGGACAAUACGAGCAAUGCAAUUAGACCAGGUCUGCAGGAGUCCUUGAUAUUAAUAUCAUAUCACUCGUGCUUCCAAAACUAAGAAAACAAAAACUUAAAAAUGUUGAAUUCACCUGCAUGAAGAUAUAGCCCUUCUUAUGUUACUUGAUGCAGCUGCAACUUUCUGCACGAUGCAUAUAAGACGAACAUCAAAAACCAAUGCUUAGAGGAAAUAAAAGUUGGUUCAGGACUGGGAGGAAAGAUCAGACCAGCAAGGAUUGGAUUCUUACUCUUGCACAGAGCUCCAAGGCUUUUAGAUUGAAAUGCAACAUGUGGAAGACCUGUUAGAACGGAGCUCAAAAAUUAGUGAGACAUAUACAGGUACACAUAGCUCCAAGAAUUUUUUGGUGUAAAUUCCUUUUUAGAGUUGUUCUAAGUAUGAGUUUCUUUUCUUGUUUUUGGGUCUGAUGACAGACUUAACAUUGUGUCUUUCUUAAUAAUAAUAAUGUUAAUUUUCAGUAAUUAGUGUGUUAAUCUUCGUAUGCCAAAACUUGAAACUCGAAGCAAGGAUUGAAUGGAUGUUUUGCCGAUAACUGGUGUAGUGAAUGUUCCGUGCUUUAUUUCCAAUUUACAAACCAAGGAUCAAUCACCAAUGUAUUUGAUCUAUCGGCUAGCAACGCUCCAAUGGUCACCACCAGGGUCGGCCAUGGGGAUUGAAACAAUUACCGAUUUAAAUCUCUGAUGCCCAACGUAGAGCCUUGAGAUAAAAUAUAAUGUAACUAAUUGAUCAAAUCUACACUACCGACUCAAUCUACGUCUAAUUCAUGUUUUAUGGAGAUCGUCAAAGUCAAACAAAAUGAUUCAUUCCAUUGGUUAUAAAGCAAGAAUAUAUUAUCAUUUUUCUUUGUCUAGUACCUAAACUCACGUAUCUCUUUCUGUUUAUUUAGAUAGAUCAUGUUAAAACCAAAAGAUUAUUAGAGAGUUUUUUUUUGGUAAAAAUGUUAAGAAAUUAUUAGAGUUAAGAUACCAAGAGAGUUUUUUGACUUGUUGGUUGUAUAUUAUUGAUCAUACUCUCUCCUAGUUUAAUAUAAGGAUCAGUUCAGUAUUGUGUGAAUCAGUUUGUAGUCAGAUAUCAAUCACUAUGAGUAAUGGAACUUUGGAUUCUAGUUUAAUUUAAGAAGAAGAAAACUCUUUUUUUAACGUACCUAAAUACAUAAACUUUAAAUUUUUACCUUAAUUGAUUUCCGUCCCAUUUUUCCAUCGAAUAGAUAUAGAGAUUUUUUUUUACUUUUAUAUUACCAGGAAACUUUAUUUCUUCAACCUACUUUUACCGCAAAAACUAUCUUCCAACAUAUGAAUAUUGUUUUUUACUUCUUUUUUUCCAAAAAAUAAAAUCAGUAUAUCAACCCAUACUUUAACCACAAACUCUUCAUUCAUCAUUUUUUUUCUUUGCAUCUAGUACUUAAACUCAUGUAUCUCUUUUUUUGAUCAAAAAAAAAACUCAUGUAUCUCUUUCUGAUUCUUUUGAUAGUUCAUGUUAAAAUCAAAUGAUUACUGAAGCGCUAAGAUACCAAUAGAGUUUUGAUUCAAUACAUGUAAUCAGUUAGUAUAUAUUGUAGCUGGUUUUAUAUUAUUGUUCCUACUCUCCUAAUUUAAUAUAAAGGAUCAGUAUUGUGAAUCAGUUAGUAGUCACUAGUCAGAUUUUUUUAUAAAAAAACUUUAUCACUAGUCAGAUUUUGAUCACUGUUGAGUAAUAAAACUUUGGAUUUUAUUUUAAUUGUAGAAGAAGAAAACUCUUUUUUCAACGUCCAAAAUAGAUAAUUUUUUAACUUGUAAACCCACUCUUACCUUAUUUUCUCUCGGUCUCAUUUAUUCAACGUACGCAAAUAGAUAAUUUAGCUUUUUUUUUUGAAAACUUUUACCGCAAAAACUAAUUUUCAACAUGCGAAAAUAGAUAAUUCACUUCUUACAUUUAUUUUACCUCUUAAAACUUUUAACUCUUUAACUUUUUUUUUUUAUUUUUUUUCCUUCAAAAAAAUUCAUUAUAUCUACCCACACUUCAACGACAAAUCUCCACUCUCAUUUUUUUCAACAUACUUUUUUCCUCUCAAGCAAGAUACAAUAUGACUUUGUCCACAAAUUGGGAAGAUGUUUAUCAACUCGUCGACGACUUCCCGUGGGUACAGUUUUAUAGCACCGGUUGGGCGUAUUCUCUUAUGCGGCACAUGAAUGCGGCUUGUCGCAUUGCGAACUUGAUUGGUCCAGAGUCUCUCUCCGUGACAUACUUGGUCCAGUACAUGAGCGAGUUUUCUACGCUAACAGACACGUUGGGCAUCCCUUUCCUCGAAUCGGUUAGGCCCUUCCUGAUGUAUGAGGGUAUGGUCCUGGAUGAUGAUUAUCAAAGAUUGUUUGCUCAGUUUUUAAGGCUCCCGGCAAUACCACUUCCGACUGGAAUCCGUAGGUUCGUUGUUACCGAUAUGAGAGUUCAUACUCUUGAUCUAUAUCGGAAUGCUGAAGAGUUUGAAACUAAAUUUAUUGAUGUAAUGCGUUAUUCCCCAGUUACUGCUUCCAUCCCAAACUAUGCUUCUUUAUCUGAGUUCUUAGCCCCUGGAAACUUCCCUGAAAACAAGAUAUAUUGUCCAACUAUCACGGAACUGCUUUCUCAUUGCCCAGGUUGCCAUGCUAUGUUUGCUACUGGUAUAGGCAAGUCUCAAGGAGUUCCUUAUGUCAGGUUUCGAGACAGUUCUGGCUUAAUCGACGGUGGUUUCAUGCACGUUGAAUUGGGCAUGGGAGUCAUUGAUCAGUUUGUGGAGUUAAUCGGAGCAUAUAUAAUGAUGUGAUCGGUGCCGAAAUGAUCUAGAGCCUGCUACGGCGAUGCUUCUAUCUCUACCCCCUAUCUAUAUAAUCGCGAUAUCUAUUACUUUUGGUGUAAUGUGUCAGCUUUUUUUUUUGGGUGUAAUGUGUCAACCAUAAAAAAAAAAGUGUCAGCUUCUAAUAAAACUAUAUGAGAAUGCAUAAUAUGUGAACACUAUAAUUAUUAAAUUGCAAAUAUUCGUUUGUGUCUA